AGUUGUUUUCUGUUGAAUUCAGGUGUGGAAAACAGUGACGGUUCGGGUGACGUUGCCCUGUGAUGAGUGUCCUGUGUCUUAUUUUCCCGUCGCGGGCGUCGCUACGAGCGCUCCAGAUUUAGUCUUUUUUAUGAUUACGGAGAGUUAAUUUAUUUUUUACAACAUACCUCGUUAUUUUUGCGUGUUUGCUGGUCGACGGAAUCUGCUGGUGUAUAUAUCUGCUCCGCAACUCAGUGGGGAAACAAUAUGACAAUGUUGGAUUCGGAGGCGCCGCAGAUCGACGCCAGGAAGAUCAUGGCGUCCAUGGACGCCCCGCUCGUUGUGGGUGAGACGUGGUUCCUGGUGGCCAUGGACUGGUUUCAGAAAUUCAAGGCGUACUCGGGACUGAGUUCCGCCACCGUAUUGGGCGACUCUCACCCGGGCCCGAUUAGCAAUCGGUCACUGAUGGCGGCGAAUGGCCGCCUGAAGCCGUGUUUGGUGGAUCAGGACGAUUACGUGCUUGUGCCCGAGCGGACGUGGCAUGCCUUGGUCGCCGCUUUCGGCGUCGAUAAGACGUACGGGGAAUUGCCGCGUCAAGUCAUUGAAACCGGCGACUCUCGCACCACUCGUGUCGAGGUUUACAAGUUACACUUGAAGCUCUGCCACAAUACGACGGAGAACGGGCAAGAAGCCGAGUGCUCUGUCGUGGAGACUGUGUCGGGUUUGCGUCGUGAAUUGCAAAAUCGUUUUGGCGUAUCUGCGACGGAAGACGCACGUGUGUGGCUUCAUACUGCAGACCCGCGAGAAUUCAAAGCCCUCACCAAUUGGUCUUCUCCAUUGGAAAGCGCCGAGGUGAACGACGGCGACACCAUCAUCCUGGAAGUGAAGAAGAAUGGGUCAUGGCCUCUGCAGAGGCUACUCGAACACACCAAAGACUCAAGGAAUAGACAUCGGUCUCAGCCAGGCAUUUGUGGGUUGCAAAAUUUAGGAAACACCUGCUUCAUGAACAGUGUGCUACAGUGUAUGAGCAACACGCCGCCAGUCACUGCGUAUUUUUUGUCUGAGAAACAUUUGGAAGAGUUGAACAGAAACAACCCUUUGGGAACCCAGGGGGCACUUGCCGUUAGCUACGGCGACCUCCUGAAAGUGAUAUGGAGUGGCGACAACAGUUCCGUCUCCCCUCGCAACUUCAAAAUGCAGGUCAGCAGAUUUGCGCCUCAGUUCUCGGGUUGUCUGCAGCAUGAUGCGCAUGAGCUGCUCAUCUUUCUACUCGACGGGUUGCACGAAGAUUUGAACCGAAUCCGUAGUAAGCCCUAUAUUGAACUGCGAGAAGCAGACGGGCGUUCCGACGAUGUGGUUGCUCGCGAAGCCUGGGAUAACUACCUCAAAAGAAACGACUCUAUCAUGGUUCAAAUCUUCCAUGGCUUGCUCAAGUCCACGGUUGUCUGUCCUGAGUGCGGCAAGGUGUCCGUGACGUUUGAUCCAAACCCCCCGUAUGCUUUGCCUCUGCCGUUCCAACGAGAGCGAACCAUCACCGUUCUUCUCGUGCCGAAGGAAGGUGCUGCGAGCCCUGUCGAGUAUCGAUUAUCUGUGUCACGAGACGCCCUUCUCAAGGACGUGAUCGACGUCCUGGCCUCGGGCAAAGUGCAUGUGGAAGCUGCCCGGUUUGCGCUGGUGUCCGUUGGAUCCUUCUCGCGUAUUCUGAAACCGACGGAUCGGUUGUCCGAUCUGCCCGAUAGAGAGAAACUUCACAUCUACGAAGUGGACAAGGAUUUGUUUUCUGUUGCGGUCAAGUGCCGUAGGAAGUCGACGAAGACAAUGACGAGUUUCGGUGUGCCGUUUUUCGUUUGCGUGCCGAAGCGGACCACAACGGCGGAGGUGGUCGAAGCAUUGGUAAGAAAAAUGGAGCGGAUUUACAAGCCGUCUGAUCAAAUGGACACGGGCGAAUCGGACUUCUCCUUAUCCCUGAGCACCGGCCAUGGUAAAAACGUACAGGAACUGACGGAUAACGAGCCAGUCGAGUUUUUGGAAGGAGAAGAUUACGAAUUGUGGCUGAACUGGAAAGAGGAAGCGUUGGUACGACGUGUUUUGAACGAAGCCGCUUUCACGGAGUACACCCAACGACAGUCAAUUCUUUACAGUCCAAAGAAGCCGAUUGGUCUCAAGGAUUGUUUCCGACUCUUCACGACGACGGAAACGCUCCGCGGAGACAACGCCUGGUACUGUCCGAAGUGUAAAGUUCACCAAGAAGCCACGAAGAAAAUCGACAUUUGGUCGCUGCCGGACAUUCUAAUCGUGCAGCUGAAGCGGUUCUCUUACACUCGCCACAGUCGAGACAAGAUCGAGGCCUUUGUGGACUAUCCGACCCGUAGCUUGGAUCUGAGCGAGUUCGUGAUCGCCCCGCGACACCCGGACCCAGUUUACGACCUGAUCGGCGUGAGCAACCACUAUGGCGGUCUCGGCGGCGGCCAUUACACGUCCUACUGCCGGAACAAGGACGACGGCCAUUGGUAUCACUUUGACGACUCGUCCGUGUCGCGGGUCAGCGAGAGCGACGUGGUGUCCAAGUCGGGCUACGUGUUGUUUUAUCAGCGGAGGGGCUCGAGGGUUGCAGUGCGAUACCCAAGUGUGUCGAUGGGCGACGACGCGGGCGAGUGGUGAUGCAGGCAGAGUAGGGCUCUUAUUGAGAAUUCUGUUGCGCUUUUCAACAUUUUUUUUUCACCCCUGGAGUUCUCAUCAUCGAAACCGCUAAAAAAAAUAAAAUAAAAAGUCCCGGUAUAUAGGAACUGAAACCUGGUGCUGUCGUAGCCUGUGAUGCGAAAGCUGAACACACUCGGUACAGUACAAUGCUCUCAUCCUGCGUCGAAGCAGUUCGUCUGUCUCCCUUUUUCCUUAGUUCGAUAACUUAUGAGAACAGCAUUAUAAAGGUUGGCCUUGCACUGACUUAUUUAUUGUUGUAUCUGUUUCUCGGAUGUGUUCAUGUAAAUUAUUUUUCAAGCGUUUUUUUGUUUUGUUUGAGUGAUGAGCCGGUAAUGAGGUUUUCGUGUCGUAAGUAUUAUAAUCGUUCCGAUGUAUAUCGGUGAUCGUGGGGUUAGUUAUACCUUCGAUCUUUCCAAUUUAAAGUUUUACAGGCCAUAGUUUCAGUGUGAUUUUCAAUAGAAUGCGUGGGUCGUUGAAAGACUAGAGAGUUGUGACUUUGGGGGACACCGUAUUUUGUAAACUUUGUUGAGCUUCGUUGAUUUAUUUGGCGUCUCGCGGGCUGCGACAGCACUACUGCGGCCUGAUACUUUCAAAAAAAUGACUCGAGUGGAAAACUCACUUCGCGUGUCUAACUUAAACUGUUCCUCAUUGAAAUGUGUCGUGAUCAUUUGGUAAUGUUUUCUCCUUGGAUUCGAUUUUCUUCUUUCCUCUUCUGCGCCGCCGUGGCGUCCAUUCGUUCGUUUUCCGAAUUGUUCUGGUCAAUAUUUUUUCGUUUUUAUUCGUGAGUGAUCUGCGCCAUGCCCUGUGCCGGAGGGAAAUUUCGGUGGUGGUACUGAUCAAAAACAGGUUCUCACCUAAGCCUGAAAUGAUUUUUUUGUGAACUCCUCUUUGAAGGGUUAGAUUGUUAGUCUUUUUUCCCCCCUCAGAGCUUGUUGUUUUCUGGUUGCCUCGUUCGGCAACCCUUGAUGUUGAAGCCGGGAGGGAAGAUCGCUGAGGAAAAGAACAGUGUUAUAGAGGAUGAA